ACUUCUUCUUGUCCAAUACUAACAAGACAAAAACAGAUUAGGCAACUCUACCCAACCAUGGCGACCCCUUAGGCGCUGAGCCAAAUCCCGGCCAAAGGAGACCUAGAUCUGCUUAGCUGGACAUUGUUGAAAAGUGAUGUUUAGUCGCGACCCCUACAAACGGCUGUGGUCCAGCUACGUGGACAAGUUCAUGCUCCCAGACUCGUGGAUUGACCACGGCAAGUCUAUGUUGUUCUCCAGACGGAAGCCUGAUCAAGGACCAUGUCCUUACGAUAUCACGUUUGAGGAGUUCCUUCGUUAUGUCCUCCGCAACCGUGACCCCCACUGGAGGCCUGUCAGUUCAGUCUGUGACCCUUGCACCUUCCGACCGCACGUGGUAGGUCACGUGGAAACCUUCUCACGGGACUCGCACUACUCUCUCCGAGUGGUGGGUCUAGGACAUCUGGUAGAAGGAAAACUACAUCACAAGUCUCACGUGGAAGACGAGCUGAGGAUUAUGAUUGACUAUCACUACGGACUCUACAGUCAGCGACUGUUCAACCAGGACUGUCUGACCACUGUCCAGUUAGCCAAAAUACUAUGGCGUGCGUUCCAGGUCAAUGGCUACUUCCGGACUAACAACUCUUUCCCUGAAGACGAGCCCGGGUUGGCCCUGACAGGCAGUGUCGAAGCCCACCUGUCUUAA